CUCACAUGCUGCGCUAGAAUAUCUUACCCAGCACCUUGUAGUAACUCACCUGUCCUGGUCGUUCCUUGUGCUUGUUCUAACCACCCAGAUAACCUUUGGUAGUGAACCCAGGUGUGAAUUGUUUGAACACAGAAUAAGAAUUGGAAGAAUUAACUUGUGUUUUCAAAGUAGACUCCUUUGCUAAAGAGCCACGUCAUGUGACAUGUGCAGAUGCGGUUUAGUUCUUGGCUACACGCACAUCAUAGUGCAUGACGACAGCAGGUGGAUAUUUGAAAAACGUCACAACUUUGCUUUGUGUUAGAGGAACAAGAUUAAAUUUUGAUAGUGCAAUCUGACUAGGGGAAGACAACCCUGGCCUAUUUUCUAUUGGUUUGAGGUUGUCAUGGCAACAGAACACAACAACAACAUGGUGCAGAAUGAUAAUUCAACCACAAUUCUGACAAUCAGAAUGAUCAUGCAGGGAAAGGAAGUUGGUAGCAUAAUCGGGAAGAAAGGUGAUAACAUUAAGAAAUUCAGGGAAGAUAGCGGAGCUAAAAUAAAUAUUUCUGAUGGCUCAUGUCCGGAACGGAUUGUCACAACAACUGGCUCAAUAGAUAAUAUUCACAAAGCGUUCACAAUGAUAUGUAAUAAAUUUGAAGAGGAUCUUCAGAAUACGCCCACUGUGCCUAAGCCGCCUGUCACAUUACGCCUAGUCGUACCUGCGAGUCAGUGCGGAUCACUCAUCGGGAAAGGAGGCUGCAAGAUUAAAGAAAUCAGAGAAUCCACAGGUGCAUCAAUACAGGUGGCGAGUGAAAUGCUGCCCAACUCCACAGAGAGAGCCGUCACAAUAUCGGGUACCGCCGAGGCCAUCACAGAGUGUGUGAGGCAGAUCUGUAGCAUUAUGCUGGAGUCCCCACCCAAGGGUGCCAAUAUUCCUUACCGUCCAAAACCCGUAGUCUCGCCCGUCAUAUUCGCUGGGGGUCAGGCGUACACGGUUCAGAACCAGAUGGCAGCACCAGUUCCAAGUCCGGAAGUGAGUAUUUUUAAUACAUUUCGUAUCCCUUAUACCAUACUAGUAUAUUCGUGUUGGCCUUCAUUUGUGUUAUCUCCCUUUUCAUUUGCUAGGCAGUUGUCAGGUGCUAUCAUUAAAAUUUCCAACGCAGACGAGGGUUCUGCCGACCGGAAAGUGACGAUUACGGGAACGGCCGACACGAUCGGACUGGCUCAGUAUCUCAUAAACACGAGCAUGGAAAUGCAUAAGAACUUGACCCUUGACCCAGCCUCGACCCAAACAACCUCCACCUUGACCUCUGUACAAUCCCACGCUCCCAUGGCAAUACCACUGAGCCAGAUGAUGAAGCCAAUGCCGUUGCUCGGAUUAAAUUUCGGCGUUUUGGAAGCGGCUACCGACCAUAAAAAUGUCACGACACACAAAAUGAGGGUUGGGGUGAUGCCUAACAGUGCUAAUACAUUGAAGAAAGCAGAGAGACCGAAAUUUGCUCCGUACUAAUUUUUUUGCCUGCUCCACAUUUCAGUUGCAAUCGGGUUUUUCUAUUAACUGUACUUAAAAGCUGCAUUGAUUGGUUCCACUCAUCUGCAAGGUGAUGAAAGCUUGCUCUUGAUUGGUUCCCAGAGUUGAGUUAAAUUUGGUAGCUGAAACGAAAAAUGAUUAUAUUAAAAAAAAAAGAGUCUUUAUUCUUAUUUUAUAUUAUUUAUUGCAAACUGAAGUCUUUGUUUUUUUAAAAAUAAGUAUUAUUUUGAUUUGGUGUAUUGCUGGUGAUAUAUAAAUUAAGAAGUCUUGUGUUUUUUUCUUCCAUAUACUAGUAGCGUAUUAAAAACUAUUUUGUAGAAUAGUAUUUAUAAUUCUUUAUCCUUUGCCAAACAGGAAAAUGGUGAUUUUGAAAUUUCAUUUUAUAAAUAAUGUACAUACAUACAACCUGCCUUUGUCACCACAUGUAUAAAAAAAAAAAUAUAUAGAGAUAUAUAUAUAUAUUAAUAAAAACACGAAAAAUCUAAACUCUAAUGAUUAAUUGAUAUAUAGUACUCUGAACGUGUACAUUCCAUGUAUUUAAGAAAUGCAGGGUAUGUAAUAAGUUGUGGAUAGCCAGUUGCUGAGCUUGGCUAUUUAAUACGGUUUUUUUUUUUAACUGGUGCUCUGUUUGGUGUGUUAGUCUCUCUGCGUGUAAAAAAAAAAGGAGUAAAAUCAAUUAAUAUCAAGCAAAAAGGAACUACAAAAUAUAUUUUGUACCAUAUUUUUGCAUGAGUUGAGAAUUUUUUUUACACUGUCAACCCACAUUGUUAUGUAGUCUAUGAUGUUGUAAAUUAUGUAAAAAAAAACAAAAAGUAUUGUCAUUUUUUUGCAAUAGUGUAUUACCGUACUAAUUUUUCAGGCAGACUUUUUGUUUUUACUUUAUUCUUUUUUUCGUUUUGUGGGUUUUAUUUUUUAUGUGAUAUGUCUUUGUGUUAGUACGUAUUUCUACUGUCUGUUAUUUUGCUGAUUCAGCACAAAAUUGUAAUUUUUUUUUUUUUUUUUUUUGCAUAUAUAUGACUUCCAUAAUUAUAUGGUUUAUGAGAGUUAAAUUUUUAUAUCUUUCUAGGAUUUCGUCCGAAGUGUGUGGCAUGGGAAUUCGCUAGAAAUAGGUGAUGGAUCAUGUAUUAAAGCGAGAUUUGUGUAUAUCUAAGCCAAAAUACUACAUUGCAAUUUUAUCAUGGCAAUAAAAAGUCAGACACUCCCACUUGAGAUUCUGAAUACGGGUCAGCAGUAGAUUAACCCUUUCUCUCCUAGAUUACUGUUGAUAGAGAGAAACUGUCAGCAGUAGAUUAACCCUUUCUCUCCUAGAUUACUGUUGAUAGAGAGAAACUGUCAGCAGUAGAUUAACCCUUUCUCUCCUAGAUUACUGUUGAUAGAGAGAAACUGGUCAACAGUAGAUUAACCCUUUCUCUCCUAGAUUACUGUUGAUAGAGAGAAACUGGUCAACAGUAGAUUAACCCUUUCUCUCCUAGAUUACUGUUGAGAGAGAGAAACUGGUCAGCAGUAAAAUCACCCAUUAAAUGAACCCAUUUCUUAGCCCAUUAAAUUAACCCAUUCUUUCCAAGGUUUCCUUUUAUAUAGGAAAACUGGUCAACAGUAAAUUAACCCAUUCUCUCCUAGGUUACUAUUAAUAUAGGGAAAUUGGUCAACAGUAAAUUUACUCAUUAAAUUAACCCAUUUGUUCCAAGGUUUCUGUUUAUGUAGGGAAACUGGUCAACAGUAAACUAACCCAUAAAAUUAACCCAUUCUUUCCAAAGUUUCUGUUGAUAUAGGGAAACUGGUCAACAGUAACUUAACUCUUUCUCACCUAGAUUCCUGUUGAUAUAGGGAAAUUUGUCAACAGUAAAUUAACCCAUUAAAUUAACCCAUUCUUUCCAAGGUUUCUGUUGAUAUAGGGAAACUGGUCAACAGUAAAUUAACCCAUUCUCUCCUAGGUUACUGUUAAUAUACAUGUCAACAGCAGAUUAACCCUUUCUCGCCUAGGUGACAUUUUUUGUAAGGAAAUUGGUCAAUGGUAAAUGAACCCUUUCUUUCCAAGGCUUCUAUUGAUAUGGGGAAACGGGUCAACUGUAUAUAAUCAAGUUGUAAUACAUGAUUCUGAAUACCUCAGACAAACAAAAAUCAGGCAUAACGAAUAAUAGAUUUAAUUUGAUAUUGACUGCUGGUCUUUUCCUCAGUACUUUUGUGUGUUAUAGUAAGUAAAAAAACCCACGAUUUGCAAGAAAGCUGACCAACAAAACAAAAAAACUACAAAAAAACGUCUACAAAAAAAAAAAAAAAAAAAAAUGGGGGCGGGUGGUGCUAAAGGACAAUAAAAAUUUAGUCAGCUGUUGACUGUUGGUUGGUUGGUUUUCAGAAUCUCAAGUUUAAGUCUCUGGCACAUUAUUUAAUAAAAGUUCUGUGCUUGACCAUGUUAAAGAUUUUAACCUGUUUUCGUGUGAUGUUUGAAUUCCUUGUUACGUGUGGUUUUUGUUUGACGAAAAAAAAAAAAAAAAGGUAAAAAAAAGAAAACAGACCAAUUCUCCUCUUUAGUGGCAGAAUUCAUAAUUGCAUGAACUUAAAUAGUGUUAUUAUCACAUAUUCAGUUUGAUCACAUACCGUAGAGUAGACGUUUGUAACAUAUCAUCGUGUGAGGAUGAAUUAUAUAUAGUCAGGGAAGUCCCCAUUUUGAUAUUAUUGGCAGUCCCCAAUCGUGAUGAGACGCAACUUUGGCAUUGCAGGUUUAACCAUAUUGUGAUAAGAUAUCUUUGCAGGGGUUGAAAUUGGCCAAAAUUCCUGCCAGACCUUCGGACUAACAAACUACAAAUUCUGCUGGACCAAACAUGAUUGUAAAGUACAUGUAUAAAUGCAAAAUAAUUGAUGGGAUGGCAGGCAAUAAGAUCUUCCGGGUCAUCAUGAUGUUGACCGGCAAAAGAAAAGAGGUCGGAACGGCAGUUUAAAAUAUUUAUUUUUCUGUUUACGGUUCUUCAAUAUUUGCCUGUCAAUACAGUAUGAACCCCACAGUAAAAUUAAUGGGCAUAUAUGUGGGUGGUUUUUGGUUUGAACUAUACUCAAUAAUAGCCUAUGUGGGUCAUUUCAUGGUUUCAGCUUGGUUCACUAAUAGCCUGUAUGGGUGGUUUCAGCCACAUUUACUUAUUGGCUGUAUGGGUGGUUUGGUGGUUUAAACCACAUUCACUCAUUGUCUAUGUGAGAGGUUUGGCUAGGUUAAAGUUAUGUCCCUUUACUGAUCUCCAUGCAGUCAAAAGUUUACAGAGUUAUCUCCCAUGAUCCAUAAUAUAUUUUUAUUUUAAACUGAGAAUAAGUUGUGAAAAUUAACUUUCCUUGGUGUACAAUUUGUAUUCUGCAUCACAAUCCAUACUGUGGUAUACAUCUCUUUUUAUUUUUAUUUUAAAAAUGUAAUUCAGGGGUAAAACAAUUUAUUAUUAUUAAUUUUUUUUGUGUUGAAGUAUUUUGUGGUCAGUAACCUUCAUUCGUAACGUCCAUUACUUCUUGAUAUUAUUAUAAACAUUAAACCUAACUAAUUGUAGCAAUAAUGAAAUCCCCUUUACCAGGAAAAAAACCCAAAACAUAUUUUUAAUUCUAUAAAACUAAAAAAACAUUUAGAUAUUUAGAAAAUAUUUUUCAAAAACCUGCAUUAUAUAAAUGCAAAGAUAUUUUUUAAAUAGAAAAUAUACUACAUCUUUAAUAUAAUAAUUUAACAUUCAGUUUUAUUACGGUAGUCUACAUAAUGUUAUUAAUGAUGAAGUAAACCAACUUUAACAAACCCAUUAAAAUACCAUUAUUAAUUGUGAUUGCAAAUAUUUUUCAUCUGCAUGAAAUACUACUAAACAUAUCCAUGGCAUAUAUUUUGUUUGAAACAUCUUAUAUGCUGCAGUUUGUAAUCCAAUAUCUCUGAAAUCAUAUCAUGAAUUUGAUUCCAUCAACAGAUAUAGUAAAAUUUAUGAUCUCGUAUCAUUCAGAUUGCUAACACCUUUAACAGAAGCCAAAAGAAAGACCCUGUUUCUAUAGUUACUUGAUAUUAUAAUUUGUACAUGUUUUUUUUAUUCUUGUAUCACUGGUAUUAUAAUUUGUACUUCUCUUUUUUCUCAUUCUCAUAGUCAUAAUAUUAUUUUUUUUAUAUAGUUUUUAAAUUGAUUAUUUUGUAUUCUACAAUUUUGGGUGAUAGUUUGUUUUUCUGAUUCUAUUUGUUGAAAUUUUGAAAUGGAAAGUCCUUCAUGUAGCGUCACACAAAAGAUUUAAACUGAGUGAUGGAAGGGAAAGUCCUUCAUGUAACAAAGUUUGCUUCAUGUGACAUAUAGGUAUUGAAAGGGCAAGUCCUUAAUGUAACAGAGAUGACUUCAUUUGAGGCAGAGUGAAUAAUAAUGAUUGGAAAGACAAAAUGGCAAGUGACUUAACGGGUAAAUUGUGUAUCCAAGAAAAAUGCUACUCCCAAGCUUUUAAUAUCUUGUUAUUUCACAUGAACAACUUACAUGACAUUAACCAAUAACUGUAAAUGUAAUUGUCAAGUAUGGUUGGUUGUCCACGGAAAAUUAAAAUGAUCUUUGGGAUGUGAAUUCAAACCUAACAUCAUAAAUGUAAUACAAUGUAAGAUGAAGGAAUGAAAAAAAAAGAAAUGUUUUAAUUAAUACUACAAAUGGCAGCCAUAUUUGAGAUGUAGCUGCCAUAUUUGAGAUGUAGCUGCCAUAUUUGAGAUGUAGCUGCCAUAUUUGAGAUGUAGCUGCCAUAUUUGAGAUGUAGCUGCCAUAUUUGAGAUGUGAACCUACUGGUCAAAUAUGGCCUUGAAAGUACUUACUUCAUCCCUAGGUAAAAUCAUUUCAGUCUAGUCAAGUGGCCAUUUUUUAAUUUUUUUAUUUACAUCUGUUAUUAUCAUAUAGACGUAUUAGAUUAGAGAAACUGGUUAAGGAAUAACACGAGGCAGCAUCUUGUCCAGUAAAUGUGCAAUUUGUUUUCGUAAUGGCUUCUUUUUCUCUUUUUUGUUUUCCAAUGUGUAUUUGUUCACUGCUGAACUAAGUUGCUAUUUGCUAGUAUAGUUAUAGGAGUUUUGAUGUGUAUGGCAUAAUACAUCUACUGAUUCUUGUUUGUUGAAAAUCCAGCUGAAGAGUGGAAAAAAUCACACUUCUUAGAAUAUUGAAUAGUGGGAAAAUCACACUUCUUAGAAUAUUGAAGAGUGGAAAAAUCACACUUCUUAGAAUAUUAAAAAGUGGAAAAUCACAAAUCUUAGAAUAUUGAGGAGUGGAAAAAAUCACAUCUUUUAGAAUAUUUGAAGAAUGGAAAAAUCACACUUCUUAGAAUAUUGAAGAGUGGAAAAAUCACACUUCUUGGAAUACUGAAGAGUGGAAAAUCACACUUCUUAGAAUAUUGAAGAGUGGAAAAUCACAAUCGUUAAAAUAAGUGGAAGAUCACACUUCUUUAAAAUAGUGGAAAAUCACACUUCUUAGAAUAUUGAAGAGUGGAAAAUCACAAUCGUUAAAAUAAGUGGAAGAUCACACUUCUUUAAAAUAGUGGAAAAUCACAAUCGUUAAAAUAAGUGGAAGAUCACACUUCUUUAAAAUAGUGGAAAAUCACACUUUUGGACUUUAGUCUAUUAAAAAUUCAGAAAAGUGUGAAAUCACACUUAAAAUAUUGAAGAGUGGAAAAUUACUCUGUAAUAUAUCGAAGAGUAGGAAAUCACACACCUCAAAAUAUCCAAGAGUGGACUGUAACACUCAAAUAUCAAAGAUUGGGAAAAUCACAAUUAUUAGACUACAUGUACUUAGUGUUAGACUUGGAGUGCGGUUUCUUGAAACGAUUAGUUCGAAGUGAUUUGAACCCUUUUUCACUGAAUUAAUGGGUGUGCAGAAGCCUGUUUGCACUUGCAACCCUCAAAAACAAAAAGAUACACCUGUUUUUAAGAAGUUUACUGGUAUGUAGUACCAGUCUUUUCUCUGGUAUUCAGGGAACAAGGAAGGAAAUGUUUUAUUUAAUGGCGCACUCAACACAUUUUAUUUAUGGUUAUAUGGUGUCGGACAUAUGGUUAUGGACCACACAAAUAUUGAGGGAGGAACCUGCUGUCACCACUUCAUGAGCUACUCUUAUCGAUUAGCGGCAAGGGAUCUUUUAUAUGCACCAUCCCAUAGACAGGAUAGCACAUACCAUGGCCUUUGAAAGUACACCAACAUGUAUUGUCUAUAUGGUCAUCUUCCUCAGGCAUACCAACCUGACCUAAAUAUUAAAUUCCAAUGCAUGCAUUUGUAUUCAUCUGUUAAACACUGGAUUCUUCGACACCCUUUAAAUUUCAGAGGUUUGCAUGUGAGAACAACAUUGGAUAUUUAAGCAGAUUCUUUGGAUCUUGCUCAUCUUGGUAAAUAAAGAUGUUUUUAUGUCUGAUAUAUUUAUAACUUUCAACUUAGGUCAUUAAUUAACAAAUUACCUGAGUUUGGAUUGUUUAAUUUUAGCAGAACAAAAUAUUUUGGGGGUUUCAAAUGUAUUUAGGAAUAUAGUAAAACUCUAUGAAAUGCCAUAUCUUCGGAAGUAGAGCUGAGGUUAAAGAACUAGUAUUAAGGCACAAGGAAAAAAACAGAAAGAGAAAAUAUUUACGGUAGUUCUGUUUAAAGAUGGUAUUGCACAAAAUGGUAGAGCUAGGUAUGUUUCAGUCAUAUUGAGGUAAUUUAGCAAAUGGCAACUUUCAACAGUGGACCAAGGCUAUGCCUUGUUACAGUUUACGCAAUCAUUUAAUAAAGUGCAAUGUGAUUCGUUGUUUUAAUAUGAAAGCAAUAUAUAUGUAGUGCAUACAUAGUAGAUAUAUAUUUAGUGCUGUGUCAACAGAUUGUGUGAAGAUUAUUGUAACGUUUGAUGUCAUUGGAUGAACACAAACCAUGUGCAGGCAGUUGCAAUGUUUGAUUUUAUUGGAUGAGUGAAUUAUUAAGUGUACGACUUCUGUGGUAAAUUUGAAAACAAUAUUUUUUUUAAUUACCUAUCCUAUAAAUCUUCAGCAGGACUGAAGCUCACAACUUUUGAGAAUUAUUUAUAUGAAUUUAUUAAUAUAUAAAAGUUUUGAAAUUAAGAAUUUAAUUUUUAUUUAAAUUCCACAUUGAAACUCUUAAAAUUAGGAAUUUAAUUUUCAUUUAAAUUCCACAUUGAAGCUCUUAAAAUUAGGAAUUUCAUUUUUAUUUAAAUUCCACAUUAAAGCUUUGUAAUUAGGAAUUUAAUUUGUAUUUAAAUUCCACAUUAAACAGAUGGGUGCAUAAUGCUGCGAAUUAAAAUAUUAAAUUAUAUAUUUAGAUGAAUAGUGAGUACACACAUGUAUAUUGACAAGAUUUGAAUCUAAUGUUUCAAUUCACCAAUUAAAUUUAUGAAAUUACACAAUUUGAAAUUAGGAAUUUAAUUUUUAUUUAAAUUCCAUGUUAACCAGAUAGGUGCAUAAUGCUACUAAUUAAUAUUCAAUAAGUCAUAUAAUUUAAACUUAAAUACAUAAUGUUAAAAAUUAAUAGUUGUUGAGUCAUAAUGUAGAUAUAAUCAAUAAUGUUUAGUCAUGUAAUGUUAAUGGAUAUGUGCAUAAUGACUGAAUUAAUACAAUGUAUGUAAUUAGUCUUACCAUGUAAACAGAUGGGUGCAUAAUUUUACAGAAUAAUAAAUCAUGUGUGACUAUGUUACAUAAAAAUGCCAUAUUAAUAUUCAGGAAAGUUAUAUUUUUUUGCACACUGUGAUCAUUUAGCCCCAGAUUUCUAAUACCCAACCCCAAAAGUCAUUUAAAUACACGUGGUCAAGCACAGGUCAUGUGAUGUCAUUUCAGCCAAUGGUUGGCUGUCUAUCAGGUCGUGUGAUAUAUCAGCCAAUGGUUGGUUGUUAGUCAGGUCAUGUGAUGUCAUUUCAGUCAAUGGUUGGUUAUCUGUCAGGUCAUGUAACCUGUUGUACUUGUAUCUAUAGCCUCAAUUCAUAUGUUUAAAAAUAACCACUCAGUUGAAAAUAAUAAAAUAUUUUGAAAAAUAAAUAUAUAUAUCCAUUUUCAUUAUCAUGCACAUCUUCAUCACAUUUUCAUCAGAAAUUAAAGUAUUGCACAAACAGUAUUGAUUGGCAGGUCACAUGACCUGUGUUAGUCACAUGAUAAAUGGUCGACAAUGGUCACAUGAUCCAUGUUAUAAAUGUACAAUUAUUAUUUAUUAUGUGAUUAUGUUGGAGAGUUAUUUUGAUUCUAUACUAAUAUGUUUACUUAAAGAUAAAUCUCUUCCAACUGCACUAUACGUCCGGUUGAAAGCUGUACAGAUGUGUUGCCAAAACAGGAAUAAAAAUUGAACUGUUUCAA